GGUUUUCUCAGAGAAGAUCGAGGAGAAUUUGAAGAAAUUUUAGACACUGUCAUUAACAAGACAUCGAGUUUGAGCAAUAUCUCACUGGUGUUAAAUAAGUACAACAUUUCAAAAAACACGAACCUUUUCAGUCAAGGUAAAUUAUCAAAGUAGAUGAUUACACGUUUGUCAGGCACAACUGUUUCGUCAGAGUUUAAAUGCUACGGUGUUCACCCUGGUAAAGCAACAUCUUUAAUUUUGAAUCAUUUACCAGGGUAAUAAACAAAGCAUCUCAAGACAUGACUCAUCUCUUUGUAGUGAAAAUUGAAUUUUUAUGCUUCAAAGGGGAAGUUGUUGUUCCACUGAUAUUUUAAUUUGCCGAGUCAAUUCCCUGGAAAUGGCAAUAAUGUGAGUGGAGGUGAUUAUUCUACUGAGGCGUGAACUAACUGAUAGCCAGGUGCUGGGCAAGUCAUCGAUUUGUUUUAAAGAGGAAAGGAAUAAAAUAAAUAAACCACCUGAUAACCACCUCAUUGCGACAAACAUAACGCUCUAUAUUCUGCUGUCAGUAAUAAUCCCGAAUCGUUGAUGAUUAGUUUUCUUUCAUCACAGCUUCAGCGUUUGUUCAAGAUAAUGUGAUUGCACUUAUUGAUGAAAGUGACAGCCACUCACGCGCAUGCGCAUUGUCCACAGUGACGAACAUUCCUCUUGUCCGUCUCCAUGACAAUAAAGGACCCUUUGAGCAAUGUGAAAAAGCGAUUCAGAUGUCAGCAGGAUACAAAGACUACGCGCAUGCCACACUCGAUCUACUAACUGCAUUUGGAUGGGGAAGCGUGGUGCUUGUGUUUGAUGGUAAUUUUCCUCUAGUAUCUGAUAUUCAAAUCAUUUUAAAAUAAUGUAGAUAUGAAUUGUCAUUUUGGAUGUCCUUCCAUGAUGUUUAGAGAGUUUUCUUUCUGAACAGUUGCUAUCAUAUAUUUUUUUUCAGACGACAGCUUUCACGAGGCGGGGUACUUUCGCACGCUGUCAAGAAGAUUUAAGCUGGUGGUGGGUCUGGUCAAAUUUUUCCAACUGGGCGAAAAUGGAGAUUCAAGGACAGGAGUACUAAGAACGAUGGACGAAAUAAGAUUCUAUGAAGCUGAAGUUAUUCUGCUUUACGUUAACAAGGAAAAUAUGGAGUUCAUGUUAAAUCAGGUAUCGAAAUGAGUCGACUGAGUAAGAGUUAUUCAUCAUAGAUGUACACCGCAUUUAAUUGAAAUAAAAUGGGGGAGCUAACACCAUACUGAUUUAAGGUGAUUCCUCCUAAAAAAACGUUAUCAAAGAAUUUCUUUAAAACUUUCCUUAAAUGUUUCCCACCAAUAACUGUUUCGAAAAAUAGAAUAAAAAAGAUAGAUCGCAGUACUUUUUUAAGAGAUAUGAUGGGCAAAACUUACCCCAUUUAUGCCUGUAGUGGCAUUAAUCACGCGCGUCAUUUCACCGGUUCACUCUACAUUUUUCGACAGCUAUUAGCAAGGCUUUCUACAAUAACACUUGAAAAAAAAUUGAUAAGUGGUAAUUCUCGAACGUAUACAACAAUUUCCUAUAAAUUUUGUGGAAAGAUCCCGCAAUUUUAAACGACAUCGACUCCAAACGUGCCUCGAGUCGUUGCUUUCAGGGUUGUAAUUUGCAACUUCGAGUAACGGGCUUCGUGCACGCUUGUAGCUAUCUCUUAUUUUCCCUUAGAUUAAUUUUUUUCUUUUAAUUUGUGUACCAAAAUAAUGCAGUGAAAAAUACAAGUCACCGUGCUCGUUCAAGAGCUUAAAACCAUCUUACCUCUUUACCUGCGCUAUUGAUCGAAAAAUAAUACUAUAUUCUCGGGAUGCGCGCUUAUUCGUAACGUGAUUUUUUAUGCGCAGCACAGGGUGCGCAGUUCAAUUACUACUCAAUUCAUGUUUCGCUAAAAUGAUAUAUCACUAUCUUCAGUUCUCGCUAAACAAUUUUAAAUGCUACAAUUACCUUUAUAAUUAUCACGGAAUUCAUGCCAAAGAUUUUUGCUUUCAUUUUCUAUGUCAGACGCCGUGCCCACAUAAAGAUGGAAUUAUUUAUAAAUGGAUUAUACAAAGAGAGGUCAGUCACUGUGCUCUUUUGGAAUGCGUUUAUUAAUAUGCCUCUUUUUUUAAACCAGUUUGUACUUCAUUUUUACGAAACCGUUAUCAUUGUAAGCAUUUCUGUUUCGCUCCAUGAUAGUGGUAAGUUAGUUAAUGGAACUAAUUAAUUUUUGAAUUUCUUUUCUUAAGGUUCCAUUGAAUUUAACUUCCCACCAGUCCAAUAUUGUCAUAGCAGUGAAGUUAUCAUACGUUCCGACCCCAGCAUCAGAGGAAUUAGAAAACCUACUACACAUCCAUAGUGAUACUAACAAGGUCUGCUCAAAGGGUGUUGUUUGCUAAGCUUUAUUGAAUGGGCUGAUUCCUACAUCAAGGAAAUUUAUACAGUGUCAUUAAAUAAAAGUCCAAACUAAUUGAUUCUUUAGGAUCUCCUUGCUGUUGCCUAUGAUGCAGUCCAAGUUAUAAACCAGGCAGUCAAUGAUCAAACUUGUUUGUCAAUCAACGGGUCCUCAGUGCAUCCAGAAGAUAGAGCAGCCGUGUUACUUUGCAUGAGAGGGGUGAGCAAUUAUAUGUUGGAGCAACGCUUGUGUUACUCACGUAAACAUAACCUUCAUCCUCGAUUCGCUUACAUUUCUUCCGGUUCUUCACUGGGUCAAUUGUCGAAGAGAAAUGAAAUACUGUAACAUUACCACACAAACGAAAUCAAAGUCCGUGCCAUUCGCCUAAGAGUGGUUUUAGACGGAAAAAUAUGUUGAAGCUGAAGCGAAAUCUCAACUUGUGCGGUCUCAAUAAAAUUAAGUAGAUAUUUCUAAAAUUGAUGUAUAUUCUGCUUGUGUCACCGUAACACAAAAAGUGAAAAAAAAAAAAAAAGAAAAAAAAAAAGAAUUGUAAUGUGCUGUUUAUCACAGGUUGGUAUGGAUGGUUUAACAGGCCCAGUCCAUUUUGAUGAUUAUGGAAAACGAACAGGAAUCAACCUCGAAAUUAUAAAUCUGCGGGGCAACUCUUUCACAAAGGUAAAUUAUUGUUUGGAGGGAGACCAGUAGAAACCUCAAAAAGAGACUGACUGAACACAAGCAGGCGAAGAGGAAAGGUGACUGGGGUCAGCAAUCACAUUUCUGAACAUCAUCGACUCGAACCACAUUAUCGACUCGAACCACAUUAUCGACUGGGACUUUGCGCAAGUGGCAACUACUACCAGCACCAUACAAACGACUUAUUCACGACAUUAACAUCGCAAACGAACCGAGCCAACUUACAUCACUCGAGUCUUACAGCAAAUAACAUCACAGCAAAACUGACCAAUCACUUUAUACGAACUGGACUUAUAAUAUUCCACUGACAACAACUAUUUACUUGACUCUGAUGAUGACUUUCACUCAGGUUGUCGAAACGUCAAAUACUACUGCAUGUGCUUUUUGAAGCACUUUAGCCGUAGAGUCGCUGCUACGUCUUUCACUCAUUUCCUGUUUUAUAGUAUCUUCCUCCUAUUUUAGGUAGGCACAUGGAAUUCAACCAUGAAAGCAGUUAUAUUUGGAAAUAUCUCGCAAAACCUGGUGACACCGCUAGGAGCAGGAAGUUUGGAAGGGAGAAGGCUCAGAGUUGUAGUUGCAGAGGUAAUCAGUGCUGUUACGUAUUCAUGUUCGUGAAAAAUACUUUUUUUGUAAUCACAUCGAAUAAGAUAAAAGUUUGUCCUGUAUUUGUGUUUUUAUGACCAAAAAAAGGUCUUUCUUUUUUAAAACAGUCUGCCCCCUUUAUGAUGAGCAGGAAGAAAGAAAAUGGCGAAGUUUUUUAUACAGGAUAUUGCAUUGAUUUGCUCAAUGAACUGGUGAGGAAUCUCAAGUUUACCUACGAAAUCUAUUUCACUCCGGAUGGAUUUUAUGGCGCUGAAACUGACAAUGGAACUUGGAAUGGGAUUAUUGGGGAGCUGUUAUACAAGGUUUGGUUACAGGGUCACUGCUUUAAUUUUUAUCUGUGCUGAGAAUGACAAACAUGCACUUUGUGACGUAGGAUAAUCAUGCCCUCUGGAUGUAUGUCCUCAUUCUGUUGACGGUAAUCGAUAGUAAGAGUGGUAAGCCAGAUCGAUCAAUUUUAACGUGGCUUGUGACUGGCAAACUAAAGUAUUCCACCUUAACUUUCUAGCGCGGCUACAACACUUAGUUCAAAGACCGUUAAGACUAUGAUAUAACCAUAUUAUCAUGCUAAAUGAAUAAAGGGGUAAUUUUUUUUUGAAAGAAACUGUGGUUUUGCGUCAAUGGGGAGAUGGGGGUAUAAUAAGAUAAUCUGGUUUUAUCAACUGAGCUGAUAAUGUAAAUUGGCCACUAUAAAGAGCUUCUAAAGCUGUCUUUUUAAGUCUUAAAUCUUCAUCAGAGCGAAGGGCGAGGGCUAACGCUCGAAACGUCAGCUUAAGGAACUCUUUAGGGUGGCCAAUUUACCUUAUGAACUCGUUGGUUCUUUAUCAAAUAACCAUGCACUUACUCUGUCUUCUGGCAACACAGUCGUUCUCUUUGAUUACUUUGUUCCAAAGAAUGCUGAUAUGGCUGUGGCAGAUCUAACUAUCACUGAACAUCGAGAGACAGUUGUUGACUUCACAGUUCCUUACAUGUACUACACAGAGGAAAUGUUGCUGAAGAAGACAUCUUCCGAUGGAAAAGUUGACCUUCUACAGUUCAUGCAUCCUUUUGACAAUUAUGUCUGGUUUGCUACUCUCACCAGCCUGUUCAUCAUCUCUAUUGCUGUGUUUGUAAUAAAUUACUUUAGUCCUUAUGGAUACAAAGAUGAAAAUGGCCAAGGAACAUCUGAGGAGUUUAGUUUCUUCAACAGUGUGUGGUUUGCUUUAUCUUGCAUGCUACAGCAAGGGGCCGACAACUCACCCCGUAGUUUGUCAGGUAAGAUGUUCAGUUGUUGCCUUCAAAUCUCAAGCUCACCCAAUGAGCCUCUAUGAUUGCACAAAAGGCGAACUAUAAGGAUUUGUAUGUGAAUCAACGGAUGCGUUCUAAAUACCCAAGUUUGUGAAUUAGGUUUUAAUGAAACAAAAGUACUGCGCUUCUUGGUUUGUCGUUUGACAUCCUGUGAAUUUUCGUUUUUGAUAUACAACCGUUUAACUCGCUCCUAUUUCCCGUACUUUACCCUCUAUGUAAUCCCUUCCCAUGGUAGGUCGGGGAGUGAGGGAGGUGAUAUCGGGGAGUUUAGGGCUGAUAUGCAACAAAAUAGAAUUGUAGCCUGUCAAUCCCCGCGAGAAGUCUUGGCAUUAUAAGAAGCUUUCCCUUACCGUGAAAAGGUCACUGAAGCCAAAGGUUGAAAUAACUCACAUCCCCAUGUUGAGUGAACAUAUCUGGGUCUUACUUACAUUGGUCUUUAUUCUCACAGGGAGCAGUGUUCCGUCACCUUAUUUGCAUUUUAAAAAUUUAAGCUCUACGAUUGGUCGAAAAACUUGAAACAGUAUAUUUUAACCUGGUUUCUCACAGGUCGCAUUCUCGCUAGCUGCUACUGGUUCACCAUCCUGAUAUCUGUUUCAACAUACACAGCUAACCUUGCGGCCUUCUUUACGGUAAAAAACGCAGAAAGUCCUAUUAAUAACCUCGAAGAUAUCGUGAGGUCUUCGUAUCAAGUAGGGGUAGUGCAGUCGUCAAGCACCUAUGAGGCAUUCAGAAGAAGUCAAUACGAGACAUAUCAAACGAUCUGGCACCGAAUAAAAUCGGCAGAUAACGUGAUAAAGAGUUCUGGAGAAGCUGCUCAGCUUGUACGAGAAAGAGAAGAGUUCGUGUUUAUUGCGGAUGGGCCAGGACUCCGUCAUGUCGCAAAUCAACCACCAUGUGAUCUCACAGUUGGUAAAUGAUGCAAGAGAAUAUUGUCAUCUUGUUACUCAUUUUGGAGUUUCACUUUAUGUCCUUUGAUUUAAGCAGAUCCUUUAUAAUUCAUUGCCAUUUGUCGUAGGUUUGGAGUAAGCUUUGCAUCUCACCACAAUUUCUCCAGGCCCCUCUUUCUAAAUCUUUAUUACGUUGUCGGACCUGUUGGAAAAAGGUGAUAUCGAGGACACUUCCACAGUUCUGUGGAGUCCUCAGAUUCGGUUAUAAAUAUUCUGACGCAGUUAUGUUCGUUUCAUUGAAAUAAUGAAUUUUUCAUCAUCAAACGGUGCAUUUUCAUUUACUACAUCUCACAAAGACACGUUUUUACCAGUUCCAGGUUUGACGACAGCUAAGGGACUUUCGUUGGCUUUGCAAGCGAAUGAUCCACACACUGCAGAUUUCACUCUGGCGAUUUUACGUCUUCACGAGAAUAACUUCCUGGAAACGUUGAAACGAAAAUGGUGGGAUGCUGGUAAUGGAUGUCCUGAGGAACAAGAAACGGGUAUGGGGCAGCCAUUUCUGAAUCCUCAGAUUGACGAAGCAUAUUUUCCUAAUAAAGCUUUAUAAACCUUUUCCUUAGGGGUGUGAAUUAUGCAUGACCCACACCUAGACAAGAUCGGCGCUUUAUAUCAUUUUUAACUUUUAAGAAUGUUAAAAGUAACGUUAACCCGGCACACAAACCCACGAUGUUGGUUAAAGCAUACACCAUCGACUACAAUUUAUAGCUUUCUUUUUAUUCCCUAUUUGUUGAAGCUUUGUCUCGCAAGCGUAUCGGCCUGCUGAGCAUGCUGGGAGUUUAUGUUGUCCUUGGUGUUGGUAUCGUGAUUGCAUUUCUGACGCUGUUUGUAGAGAUCUUCUGGAGCAGGAAAGGGAAAAAAAUAAACUUGCUGAAAGAAACAGGAAGGUUUGUUACCAGAAAAUGGAAAUGUUAA